GCAGCAGGUUGGAUACUAAAAGCCUCACAUUGCUACAACUCGAUGAUCUCGAUGAGACAAAGAUGAUCACGCUUCAAGUCACACAGCGAUGGGAAGCCAAUUAAAGGAACAAGAAACCAGGCUGGUUGGUGGAAAUUUCACAUUGCUCUUCUUCGUGAAGGAAGUCAACAGGCUAUGUAUGAUUCAUCCUUUCAUGAAAGGCCCAAGACUGAAGUCAAGAAUCUUGUGAGCAUUUUGGAACUGUGAAUAUGAAGAACAAACAUCUAGAAACCAACUUCCUGUGCCGGUAAGAAGGUGGCUAUUUAUAGAACCCCACGCAAAGCAUCCACCAUGCCUUGUUGAGAGGAAAAAGAAGGUAAACUGAUGUAGUUUGCUCAUGCAAAUCGCUUACGUGCACGCUUAUGCAAUUUGGUAAGAGUGGUAAGGCAGCAGCUCUGUGAAAUGUAUACACACUGGAUUUGUAUACUUUUACGUGGAUCUUCAUAGAAUUUCAUGUUUCGGCUCUCUGACCUUUAAAAGCACUGACUGACUCCUUUUAAGCCAAACUCUAAUCGAUGACAAUGACAGAGAAGAACUAUUCAAACUGUAACAAUGAUGACUUUAAAUGUGUGUUAUACAGCUCCGUUUUCAGUAUUGUCUUUAUUCUUGGGCUGCUCUUCAACAUGGUGGCCAUGUACAUUUUUGUUUGCAGACUGAAAAUGCGCAACGAGACCACAACAUACAUGCUGAACCUUGUGGUCUCGGACACCCUCUUCGUCCUCAGCUUGCCUUUCAGGACGUUCUACUUUAUUAACCGUCAGUGGCCUUUCGGCGACGCUCUCUGCAAAAUUUCAGUGGCCUUGUUCUACACCAACAUGUACGGCAGCAUCCUCUUCCUCACGUGCAUCAGCAUGGAUCGCUACCUGGCCAUCGUUUACCCCUUCGCGUCUAGAAUAUUGAGGACCAAGCGCAAUGCUAGAAUAGCCUGCUGUGUGAUCUGGGUGGUUCUGCUGGCGGGAGGCCUAACCGCAGGUUUCGUGAUGGACACCACUUCAUAUACAAACCACCAAACAUACUGUUUUGAAAACUACUCCAACUCCCAGUGGAAGUCCAAGGUAUCAAAAGUCGUGGUGUUUUUGGAAACGGUGGGUUUCCUGAUUCCGCUGAUGAUCAACUUGAUCUGCUGUAUAAGGGUCCUACAGACCUUACGACACCCAGAAAGCAUCAACCGUGGAGGACAGCUGAACAAGGCUAAGAUAUUGCGUAUGAUUGUGGUGCACUUGCUUAUUUUUUGUUUUUGCUUCAUUCCGUACCAUGUCAUUCUGGUCUUCUACACCCUGGUUCGAAGUCAGGUUAUUACAAACUGCACUGUGGAGUCAGUGGUCCGGACAAUUUAUCCAAUUGCAUUUUGCAUCGCCGUGACCAACUGCUGCUUUGACCCAGUGAUCUAUUACUUCACCUCCGAGACGAUUCAGAACUCUAUUAAAAGGAAGUCUUACGCUGUCCGCAAAAACACGCUAAACAACCCAAUUGACAAUAGUGUUAACAACAGAAGUGAUUCGAUGAAUAAAAUCACAUCUCUUAAAGUUAAAUUCAUCACUGAAGAGUCUACAAUAUGACCAAAGUUCAGGCAGCAAUUGUUUUUUGUAGAAUAUUCUCAUCUGACAUACUCAGCCAAUGUUAGUAAUUGGUUGGCACAGGAUAUAUUUGACUAAUAACUAACUGAAGACUGCUGAACUUGUAACAGUAUAAAGUCUGAGUAUCAUCUUGGUGCUAGAAUGGAUGAACUGAUAUAUCGCGAA